AAUAUCCUUUAGUACAUUAUCUACCACACUUUCUUUCAAAUGGUAUCAAAUAUUGAAUAGUAGAUGGUGUUCUGUUUCCCUUUGUUUAUUUAUCAUCAUCAUCACUUGAACUGAUUCUGGCUAUGGCGACCACCGAUGAUAAUAAACCCCCAAAUCCAGCUUCAGAAGUUGAACCCAUUAAAGAAACAAGCCCUACAUCAGUAUUCGUGAAUUCUGAACCCGUGCGAGAAGAUCAAGUUCAAAAUGCAGUCAAGUUCCUUUCACACCCUAAAGUUAAGGGUUCAGCUGUAGUAUACAGAAGAUCUUUUCUUGAGCGGAAAGGCCUUACAAAGGAGGAGAUUGAUGAAGCUUUUCGUCGUGUCCCUGAUCCACCCUCUUCUGUUACAGGCGUACAGUCAAGCAGUACAGAUGGACAGAUAGCUUCUUCAUCAUCAUCAUCAUCAGGUGUCCAGCAGCAAUCUUCAAAUCACAUUCAACAACACCCUGCUGCUGCUGCUGCUGCUCCAGCUAACUUGAAUCAGUCUCGAUUCAAUCUGCGUCAAACUCUUCUUGCUGUCGGAAUAUUGUCUGCCUCGGGUGCAGGGGCAGCUGUUCUUUUCAAGAAAACUAUCAUUCCCCGAUUGAAGUCAUGGAUACGAAAGGUUGUAUUGGAAGAAGAUGAAAGUCUGGAGAAGAAAGUUGAUCCCAAGCCUAGUCUUGCUGAAGAAGCUGGUGCAGCAGCUAAAGCUGCUGCCAAUGCUGCUGCUGAUGUCGCACGAACAACCCAAGAAAUGAUGGCUUCAAAAACUGAAGAAAGGAAAUUCUUCAAUGAACUUCAAAACAUGUUGGAUGUACAAGUCAAGGAAAUUAAAUCAAUGAAUAGUGCCAUAAAGAAUCUAGAAGGUCAAAUUAGUUCCCGAAACACAAAUUCAUCUGUGGAUUCAAGACAAUACAGCAGGACAAAUGGCAAUGCGGAUUUUGACUUGCAAGCAGCAAAGUAUCAGUCGCAGCCUGCACUGGCUGAAUCCUCUCUCACACCUCAUCAGAAAUCAUACAUGGAGGAGAUUAUGGAUAUGAUACAGAAUGGGGAGAAUCCUGAUAUAAGAGAUAUCAAUGGUCAGAUGCUAAAACCAAAUUCUCAAACAACAUUGCAGAAAACGCCUGUAGAAGUUGGUCGCGAUCAAAAUGGUGGAGACCAUGACUUGAAUGUGGUGAAUGGCGGUGACAGUAUUCCUUCAGUUCCUUGGUGGCAAAAGAAAGUUAUUGGCUCUUCUUCUUCUUCGACAUUCCAGACUAAUGAAAGACUGAUCCAGCGUUCUUCUUCGUGGAUACCUCCCCAACCACCCCCAGUUGCAAUGGCUGAAGCAGCUGCAGCCAUCCGACAUCAUAAAAAUCCACCCCAAUCUCAUCAACAACAAGCGGCGGUGAUUGAUGAAGGAGUGGCGGACACGGGUAGUUCAUCAUCGAAUGGUAAUGGGAUGGUGAGUGCAGAAAUGAAUACAAUUGAAGUAUGAGUAGUAGAAGAAAAAGAGUCAAUAAUUUGAUCUUGAAAGAUUCUAUAACUUUAUUGGUAUGGAUUUGAUCAUUUGAGUUAUUGUCAUGUAACCAAAAUUUGCAUAAUUAUUUUUUGCUUUAAGAAUCCCCAUACAAUAAUACAAUAAGUUUAUAAUUA